CGGCUGAUAAGUCGCUUCGUGUUUAUCUUAUGACACCGGAUAUAGACAACAGUAUGCCCGCAAUUGUAUUCUCAGGGAUGUCGUCUUUUACAACUGUAGUGUAGGGGUAAACAUGAUGAACAGGGUCAUUACAAUUCCACGCCACGGGGUGACAAUCGUGGGAGGUCUUUGGAAUUAAAGGUUUUGCUCGUUUGUAUCACCCCACGCUGUUCCUUUGAGCCGAGUAGUGAAGUUUUAGUGUUGUAACUUUAAAGACAGUUUUAAGCAUGAUGUCUUAUGUAUCGGGCAGACUUAGCACACAGGAAGCUGUACGAAGUCCUGUUAAAGCGUAUUCGACGUAUACUAAAGGAAGGAACACACCCCAUGAUAUAUUCACACCACAGCUGACAGACAGGGAAUGGUGGAGAGUGACAUUAAAAGAGACACCCGUCCCAGGCACCUACGAACAGCGAGAUUUUCUGCAAGAUAAAGACCUGAAUCGAAUAAAACCAACUUACAACUUUAAAGGGGAAGGAAGAAAGAAAAACUCAAGCAACACAAGGAAUGGAGAGAUACUGCUCCCAGGAGCUUACGAACACAAAGAUUUUCUUGAAGAACUUUCCAGACAACCCUUGACUUAUGAGUUUAAAAGCUCCGGCAGAAGAAGAGUUCUACCUGGCCUAAAAGACCGCGAUUGCAAUGUAGCACCGUGCGAGUACGAAACACUUCGAAUACCUGUAAACAAAGCACCAAUACAUCACGGUGCGUUCAAGUCACAAUCACCUCGUUUUCCAACAAAGUAUUUCAAUCCAAAAGAAGGCCCACCUCCUGGCUCGUAUGACCCAACGAACAUAAACCGAAGUCCCAGCGUCACUUCCAGCUUUAAAUCUAGAACUCCAAGAUUUAGAACUUCACAAACGAAAGUACCAGGUCCUGCUACAUACGCAUCAACACUACAGACCCCGCAAUCACAGACAGUGAUGAAGAUGGGACGAAUGCACGGACUUUUCUUCCGAAAUUCUUUCGAAGUGUGAUUUCCAGUCAAAAUGCCCAUUUAUUAGUGGUGCAUGUGUUAAAUAUGCCUAACGUUCCAGCAAACGUAAAAAAUAUUCAAAACGUUAAAAUUAGCUUGUACUUUGGUUCUGAUAGCCCAAAGACAAAGUAUAUACGUGGUUGAAAAGUCCAGGUUAGAACGUUUUGUUUAGACGGUUAUAUAGUAUUAGGAAUGUACUUUUGAACGUCAUAGGCAGUUUGUCGGUUACCCUAAGGGUGUUCUAGGACAGUUUAAGGCAGUUUAGUACCGUAUGAGCCUUCUCUGUUGCGAAGUUUCUGGAAGCCCUCCAGAUGCCACCACAAAGUCUACCACCCCGUCCAAUGUUUUGAGAAUUUGGAAUAACGUCCUAACGGCAAAUAUCGGGGGCAGGUGUCAAGACCAAUAUCUGGGUGUGUAUCGCGUACCAUAAAAGUCGUAACCUAGGUGAAAAAUCAAUGUUACUCUUUCCCAUUCCCUGUGUGGCCGUAAAUAACGCAGCUCUACAAACUCUGCCCUAUACCUACUCAAGAGUCGAGACUUCGUACUAACGGAUCAAAAAAACAUUAUUUCUACACCCGCGAAACACUUCGCAGCGUAGCUCCAUAUAAAGCAGCAGCCAACUGCAAACCAAAAUUUUUGUAGUUCCACAGAAUAAUUUUUGUUUGAAUGAUCCGAACUAUCCACAACUGUCAAAUGUAAUUUUGCAUGUAAUAAACGAGAGUUCGAUUUACCGAAUACAUUGCCGUCGACUUUUUACCUGGACUUUUCUCGGAAACUUCGGAUCGAACCUGCACGGUCCUUCGGUGAUCUGGAUGAAUGUGCUUUUCUAAAACUCCUGGAACUUUAUUGUAAGGCUAAUUUUUCACACACUACUCCGGUUUUUGGACUUUUCCUAAUUACUUUAUUUUAAUGCUAUAUUUACGAAAGGCCUGCGAAGAGAUGCCAGAAGAUUGUAACGUUUAAUGUUUAAUCGUUUUAUUCAAACUCGGUGCAUGUGGUCACAACAACACCAGGGGAAACUGAAUAUCAGUUAAUCAAAACACGAAAAUGACCUUUAAAAUCAAAACGUUUCAUGCGAAGCAUAAACACCAUAAAAAUAUAAACGGAAAAGCACAACAAAAAGAAUACAUCAUUACAAUAGAGGAAGGCGAACAACAAUACAAAAUUGGAAGAACACACCAUCGGGAUAGGAAGGCGCCUUAUUACAUUUAAUAGGAAUUCGAAAUUCUCAAUAAAACUUUGCAUCUUAAAUAAAUGAAAUCGCGUACACGUUUGUAAUGGUUAAUCAAAAUUAAAAGUUAAAAGAUUGUAAGUAUAAAAACAUUGGAAGCAUCGGUCGGUGUUUGUACAGUGACGAAAUAUGAGCGACGUGUGCCACUUAGCAAGUUUGGUGACGAGCACUGCAACAUUAUACACGAAAUGCCCCAAAACACGGAAUGACUCAACAUGCAAAAGCAGUUGUAUUCACAACGCAUUAAGUAGGCGAUUGCCCCGGUAUAGAUAGUUUGGGCAGGAUUGACAGCACCAUGGGCGACUUUACGUACAUUUCAGCUGCGGUUGAAGAAACAUGAGUGCUGCUUCCGUUGCGGGUCCGGGGUUCAGGCGGAUUACCAUUGGUGGGCACGACACGGUCCGAUCUUCGACUAGAAGAUCCAAAGCGAGACAGCGUCGUAUUACGAACGCUGCUGCUCAGACUUCGUCUACGGAAUACUUUUUUAACGUUGAGCACGUAUAUCCACGGUGAAAGUAGA